AUGCUACCAUUUAUCAAUACUCCUUUUGUGCCGGUAGCGAACGCAACAGGAGCAUCCAUUGACGAACUAAAAUUGAUUACAUCGCUCCUCCUUUCAUACCCUCUUGCCGGCACCUUGAAAAGGAUUCCGGACUCGAAGCCAUGGCAGAAAAAUUUGUUUAUCGUUGGCGUUUCAUUAUUUUACCUGGUGGGUUUAUUCGACCUCUGGGAUGGAGUGCGGACCAUAUUUUAUAGCUCUGCAGGGGCAUAUGCUAUAGCUUAUUACAUCGACGGAUCAUUAAUGCCGUGGCUCGCGUUCGGGUUUCUAAUGGGCCAUAUGUCUAUUAAUCAUAUAUCCAGACAACUCGCCAAUAGCCCGUCUACUGUCGAUAUCACGGGAGCUCAGAUGGUGUUGGUGAUGAAAUUAACCGUCUUUUGUUGGAACGUACAUGACGGUCGAUUACCGCAGGAGAAGCUGUCAGAAUCUCAGAAAUACGCAGCUAUCGCCAAGCUCCCUAGCCUACUUAAUUUUGCGGGCUAUGCACUCUUUUUCCCGUCUCUCUUUGCGGGGCCGGCUUUCGACUAUGUGGAAUAUCGAAAAUGGAUCGAGACCACCAUGUUUGAUGCGCCAUCUGGUGUAGACCCAGCGAAGAAGCCCCCGACUCGUAAGAAGCGAAAGAUCCCGAGAAGCGGUAGGCCUGCUAUGCUGAAAGCAGUGAUGGGUUUGUUCUGGAUAUUCGGCUUUCUGCAAUUUGGAAGUGUGUAUACCGUCGACUUUCUCCUGAGCGACAAUUAUUCGAAAUACGGACUGCUGAGGCGAAUAUGGAUACUCCACAUGUUUGGAUUUACUGCGCGUCUCAAGUAUUACGGAGUAUGGUCCUUAACUGAGGGGGCCUGCAUCUUAUCGGGAAUAGGAUAUAAUGGCUUCGAUGUAAAUACAGGUAAGGUGUCUUGGAAUCGAUUAGAAAACGUGAACCCAAAGGGACUGGAAACGGCACAGAACCCACACGAUUAUCUCAGUAACUGGAAUAAAAAUACCAACCACUGGUUGAAAAACUAUGUGUACUUGAGGGUGACCCCAAGGGGCAAAAAACCAGGAUUCAGAGCGAGUCUCGCCACGUUUAUAACAAGUGCAUUUUGGCAUGGUUUCCACCCUGGAUACUACUUGACCUUCAUACUAGGUGCAUUCAUUCAAACAACUGCAAAAAACUACCGUCGCUACGUUCGGCCCUUUUUCUAUAUUUCAGACGGGUCCUCCCCAACCCCCUACAAACGCAUCUACGAUAUCCUGAGCUGGCUAACAACCCAACUAUCUCUCUCAUUUAUCGUCGCUCCCUUCGUAAUUCUUCACUUCAAAGACAGCAUUCACGUCUGGUCAAGUGUCUACUUCUACGGGAUUGUCGGCAUAGUCCUCUCCCAGGCUUUCUUCUCCAGUCCCGCAAAGGGUUACCUGGUUAAACAACUAAAAGCCCGUGGUGGCCCUGCUACAAAGCCGGCCUAUGCUUCUCGAGAUAAUAACGAGUCACCUGUGCUUGGACUACCAUCCAACCCGGGUCAGGAUAUCGAUGAUGCCAUGAAAGAAAUCAAGCUCGAGAUCGAGGCACGGAGGAGGAAAGGAAGCGUUGUGACUAUGCCAUCGGGGCAAGAGCUGAAAGCCUUGCUGGAGGAGAAGCUUGAGAGGAAAUUAUAA